AUGGGGGUUAACUCUGGAGGUGAAGUUAUGGCAAUAUCAAAAGAUUCUUCAGUUGAUAACAUGGCAGAAUGGCUUAAAAAUGUUGUAGGAAUGACAAACAACGAUUUUGACAAAUUUCCCAUGUUUAAAUAUUUUGAUGGCGAAGCACUUUUCUUGUAUAGAGAUACAGGAUACCGUGAAUUAGAAUCAGACCUUCAAAUACCCAUUGGGCUUGCAAGAAAAAUUUUACUCCUCCGCAAUUAUUCUGAAAUAAACCACAAGUCAAUAUUUCAAGAUUGGACUACUGAAACUGUUGGAGGAUUUAUACGAGAAACAGUAAAUACAUGCAAUGAGGAUAUUGAUAAUAUUUGCCGACUUAUUACCGAAAAAUGCAUUGAUGGCAUCGUAUUUGCCUCCUAUUCUAACUCUACAGAAAUGCAAAACGACAUACACGAGAGACACGCAUUUGGCAUUAUAUACAGAAAAGUAUUUGCACGAAGGGAUAAACUUGUUGAAGAAAGGUUUGCUCAUGUUCAAAGUGAUUCUGAAAUAUCACCAGUAUCGACUGACAAAAGAAUCACGUCACCAAGAAAAGAUGUUGCAGAAUUUCUACAUCAAUCUUUAGUUUCAGAAAACCUCGUUCAUUCUGACUGUAUUCCAUGCACAUCGAAACCUCUACGCGAACUCGAUUCUGAAGUACAAGAAACAAAAGCCAAUUUUCCAAAUUAUAUCGAUAAAGCUUCUAUAAAUAAUACAUUAAGUUUUAAUUCUUUACAAGAGGAAAAAUUAUCCGUUCAGGAAUCAAAUACAUGUGUAUCAAAUAUAAUACUUAGCAAUCAGCCUUUAGAUCAGAACAAAUCAACUAACAGUGGAAAAUGUGACACUUUAAAUCAGAUGGACUUAGGUUUACACACGGAACCGCUUCACGAGUCUAAAAUAUCAUUUCCAGAGUCUGCCACAGUAGAGUUAGAAGAAAAUGAAAGGGUACAAAACGAAUUGGUUCGUAUCUCAGGGUCAAGUCCUCUCCAAUUAUCAAGAAAUGUUCGUAUCCUUUCAUCACCAUACCUGGAGAACUCACUUAAAUUAGAACAAGAUACGAAUCAAAUCGAUAUCAACGGUUUACCACGUGAUAUGCAAUAUUCAGACAAAAUAGUUCAAUGCGAGGACAAUGAUACCCUUUAUCAAUUCAAUUCAAGAUUAGAUGCCCCGAAAGAUGUAAAAGAUCAAAAUAAAAACAAUUCACCUAGUGGUUUCGACGAGCAAUGGCAAUCUUUCUUUACGAAAUCUUUACGCUUAUACCCAGUUGUUGAAAAUCACAACAAAGAUGUUAAUUGUAAGCUUAAUAUUAUUCACUGCAACUGGACAAAACCAAAUGACCUUGAAAAAAGACUAUUAUUUAUUGUUCUAUCGGCAGUAAAUGAUUUUACCUGUGAUGGAUCAAGAAAAACAAUUUGGGACAAAAUAGGAAAAAAUAUGGCAAGUUGGUAUCAAUACCUAUCCGAUGCUGACAAAUCUAUGUUUGAAACAAACAAACAAAAAGAUGACUGUUUGCUUUACAAGGGAAAACCAAUAGCAUUGCCAAAAGCUCCAUUGAAGAUGCGUUUUAUGAUGGAAAAAGAUGUCGAUGAAAUGCUUAAAUAUAGAAACAUAUUUAUGUUGAUUGACAAAAACUUACUUACUCCUACCACUGAAGGCUACUGUACUAAUUUGGUCAACCCAGACAAUGUUAAACAUAAAACCAUUUACACAUUUGGUUUUGAUUCAAGUCAAAAAUAUUGGUUAUUUAAUCCCUCCGAUUAUGCAUAUGGAUUUAGACUAAAACAAAUACAUAUAGCUUCAUGUGGUGGUGUCGGAAUGGUGAAUAAAUAUAAAAAAAUCGAACGUUUGGAAAGCAAAGAAGAAAUCAAAGAUAGCAUGAUUCUAAACCAAUCCAGUCAUGAGAAUCUAGAGCUAAACAUUCAAAGAUGUCGUGAGUUUAAAGCAGAUGAUACGGCUGUGCAAUAUCAUGAACGAUGGGUUAUGUCUACGGUUGAACACGACGGUGCAGUGUCCUACAGAUGCUUUGAAUUUAAGUUCGUAACUGAUAGUGUAUUGAGCAAAGGAUUAGUGUGUUUGUCUAGGUUCAUUAACAAUGAAACAAUACGUUUUGCAUGUGGUUGUUUGAAUGCUCGAAAAAACGGAACUAUUAUGUUUGGCAUAGGUGAUACUCAAAGCAAACAAUAUUUACACGGAGAAGUAGUUGGAUUUCCUAUUACAGGGUUUGAACGUGACGUUCGAAUGGAACUAACAGAGUCGUUACGACUUGGAAUCAAGCAUUGCUUUGAAAGUCAUCACCAAAGGGUAGUGCUUAAAUGUAUAGGAAAUCCUGUUUUUGUUGAAGUUAUUGCAGACCUGCCGUCUUGUAAAAAAUUUGUUGUUGAAAUUGAUAUUGAACCAUCGUCAUAUUUUUGUAAAGACGAGUGCUUUAAAGUAAAUAGAAGCAAACUGCCUAAUCUUGGUAAUAUAAAAAAGAUAGAGAAAGAGUUCACUUGUUUUGUUCGAGAAGAUACUGGUACAGUGCAAAAAGUUAAACAAGAACUAGAUUUGUUUGUACGAACGGAACUUAAAGACAUCAUUCGAAAGAGGGAAGAAGACGAAAAACAAAAUCUAAAUACAGAUUUAUACGAACAAUCUGAAUUACCGAUGGACAAACUUAGAAAACGGUUGUGUAAUGGUUCUGAUAAAUUUGACCAAUCUGUAUGGCCAAUUCUUAUACUUAAUAAACCAACCGAUAAACAGAGGCAUAACAUCCAAUGGAUUCGUUCGUUUAAAUUUAUCAAACAUUUUACUUUUCAUGCUGUAUUUGACUUUGAUGAUUGUUCCAACAAAGAUGGUUUAUGCUCUUGUUUGCGAAAUGAAGAGAAGUCGAUUUUAUUAGACGAAGAAAUUUUCAAGGAAUUCUCUGGACGAAAAUAUGAACUAGCAACUAAACUUGGAAUGCCACAUGAAAUGAAGACUGUUUGGAUUUUCAGUAAUGGAAGAUCUGAUCUCCGACCACCAAAGUUUCAUUUAAAUGGUACUGACUGGACAAAUGUUUAUUCUGCAGGAAUAAGAGACGCUGUAAUAUUUUUCAGUCAGAAAGAAAUAAUCCCGCCUGGUAGAGCAGUUGUCAUUAUGUUACUGCUUUCCACCGAUUUCGAUGGAUUGACUGAAACUUUUCGUGAAAUUGUUGUACGAUUUGGAUGGAACCAAAUAAUAGUUGUAACGCUUGAUGACAUAUUAGAAAGGUUUAUUCAAGAGUUCAAGGAAAUGGAAGACAACAUCAGAAAAUACAGCGUUUAUGGAAAAGGUCUGACAUGGGAACAUGUGAACUCUACUUUUCUUGAAAUAGCCGGUUGUGAAGAAGAAAGUACAAUACAUAUUAUGACGUCGAGUGGAGUAAGCGUGUCUGCUGAUGAAAAAUUUGUUGAAACAUUGAGUGAGAUACACAUUUUAAGCUCCAAACAGUGCGAAAACAAAAAGUUUAAAACUAGGCAGGAACGCUCAAAAUUCGCUUUAGAAAAAGAGAUUCAAUUUUACAAGGGUAAUAAAGUUGAUUGGUUCAAUUUUCACUUUCAGGAUCAAGUGUUAAAACGACAUUGUUUUGAACGAUUAAAACGGACAAUUGCAGAUAUUCUUCGAACAACACCAACAAGUUACAGACAAAAUAGACAGAAUAAAAUUAUUUCAACGAUUGUUAUUCAACACGAACCAGGGGCUGGUGGUAGUACAUUAGCGCGACAUGUUUUGUGGGAAUUUCGUGCACUUUACAGAUGUGCUAUAGUUAAGAAAAUUACAGAAAGAACAGCCAAAAAUAUUCUAUCUUUUUGGCAAUAUAAAGAAAAUUAUUAUUCGAAGCCUCUUUUACUCUUGAUAGACGAUUUGCAGUGUUCUGAAUUUUCAUUUGAGGACUUAAUGCGCCAAAUUUAUAUUGAAUACAGAUCAAAUUUUGUCAAAGAAGGUUUGGUAUGUUGUUUUCUCUUAUGCCAGAGAGAGGAACAAAUAACAGAACUUUCAUCUUUAAAUAGUCCCACAUAUAGUAAUACUGGGGAUGUUAUUGAACACUUGAAGCAGCAACUGACGAGUGAAGAAGUUGAUUGGAUGCAUGAAAAGUAUGAAAAAAUGGAAAGUACUGAGUCGGAGUAUAAACCAGAAUAUUUAAUAUCCUUUAUGAUUUUAAGAGAAGGAUUCAACCAAGAUUAUAUUAAAAACACGAUAAAGCGUUUUCUGACACAGCUUGAUUUUAGAUCAAACGAGUUUGAGUUGCUUGAAUAUACAUCAUUAUUAUCAUCAUACGUCCCAACUUCUAAAAGAGGCCCCAGUGCUUUCAUACCUCUAGAAUGUUGUGAUGACAUUAUGGGCCUGCGGACCACUAAGACGAUGUAUUGGGAACAAACUAUGUCAGAUGUGUUGAAAAUAUUUCUUAUCAUAGAACCAAAAGAGACUGCGAGUGGAAUGCAAAUACGAAUGGCUCAUCCCGCUUUAGCAGAGGCUGUACUAAGCGAAAUUUUGGAAAACAAAAGCCUUUCCUUAGGUGCACUGACAUUGAGGUUCUUAGACAGUUCAAUAAUCCAGAGUCAAACACAUGCGAGGGGAAUGAUUAUCGAUUUCACAAAAGAAAUGCUAAAGAGACGGCUUAAAGAAGAAUAUAACGACAGUAGAACAACACUAUUUUCUCCUCUAAUUGAAGAAAUAUGUAAAAAAGAAUCAUGGACCGUUGCUGUUGAUGUAUUAAAAAGGGGUCUAGACAAGUUUAAAGACAGUUAUAUAGCGCAGGCGCUUGCUAGAUUGUGUGUGAAGUAUAAGGAUUUUGAUAACGCUGAAAUAUGGGCAAGGCAGGCCAUAGAGAUGUCCGUAAAUAAUAUAACAGCAUGUAGCUUUAGUCAUUACACGCUUGCAACCGUCUUAGAAGACAAGUUUAAGCAUGAUACCAAAGCGUUAGAUAAAAUCAAUCCUCAGGAGGCAGUGCAGUACAUUUCGCUAAUAUUAGACGCUCUAGAUCAUUUCCUUGAAGCAAGUCGUCUCAAAGUUGGCACUGAAGGUCAUUUAUUGUAUCCAAUUCAAGGUGUUAUUAAAACUAUUAUAACAUGUGCAAAAUUUAUAAGCAACCAUGUAAGAUUUUCAAAUUAUGUCGAUAUAAAAAAAUAUUUGACAUGUUCAGAAUUCUCCCCCGAGGAAAUCAAUGAUGUAUGGGAAAAAUUUAGACCAAAAUUUUUAGCGUUAAUAAAUCAUGGAGAAAGAGCAUUUGCCAAAUUUGAGGAAUGCCUAUGUUUUAACACGACAUUUUACGCACAUGAUAGUACUGUAUCGACCAAUAAAAAGUCGCGUGAGCACCGUCUGUACAGAAAUCUUCAAUUCAAAUAUCCAGAUCUGUUCAAUGACUUUCGAUCCUUCUUUGGAGCUACUCCAGAGGAAUGUCCUAAAUCACAGAUGCCGGAAGUAAUGAACAAUUGGCACAGACGACGUUUGCUGCAACUUGGUGGUACUACGUAUAUGAAUAUUUGUAAUAUUUUACGCCAAAUACGAAAACGCUCAUAUCAGUUUUCUGCAGCCGAUGCAGUACAACGAUGUAUUGAAAUAAAAGAUCAUUUAAUAAAAAUUACAGACCGCCAAUCAAAAGAUUUAGCAAAUUUAGUAUCAGUUAAUAUUGUUCUUGGUCUGUUAGGAGGAAGAAAUAGAGAUUCUGCAGAUAACAUACUUGAGUACUGUAAGCAAAUCAUAAAAAUGAAACGAGGAUAUGAAGACAUUGCACAUUUUUUCAUUUGCAUACUUUUGUGGCCAUCAAAUAGCAUAGAUGUAGUUUACGACGACGACCUUUUCUAUGACAGUUUGAAAUAUCUUCAUCUUGAUCGGGAAACAAAGCAUGGAAGAUCCCGUGUAGCGAAUUAUCCAGUAAUGAAAGAAGAGAAAAAUAUAACUCAGGCUACCACCCAAUUUUUUCUAUCAAAAGGUCGUGGAUUUAACUCUAUUUGUCAUAGAUUCGAUAUUUUCUUUCGUGAGCAACCCGAAACCGAAUUCGAUAAUACAAUUUGGGCAAACCAAACCUUAAAAAACAAUUUACAACGGUUAAAAGGUCAGUUGAAAAUAUGUAAAGGAAAAUGCCAUAUUCGUAUGAUCAAUGAUAAAACAUCUCCUUUCGAUGAUCGUUACAUCGAAAUCAGAAAGAUCAGAAGCGGCAAAAAAGAGUUUCUUUCUGAAGAAGACGUUCAUUUUUAUUUGGGAUUUAGUAUAGCAGGACCAAUUGCCUACAAUGUACAACCUGCCCGUUAUGAAACAGAGUUAGUAUUGGCUGUUGAACCACAAGUACAAGACAAAGUGGAAGAAUAUUUAGAAAGAUCUCAGGAAUCUUUGCAACAAACCUUGAAUAAAAUUAGUGAUCUGAAAAGUAAAAAAAAAAAUGGACGACGAAUUUCAGCUAGAGAUGGAGAGCUUCUGAAAUAUGAAGACGAAAUCAGAAUGGCAUACGAAGUUAAAAGUGGAACAGUCGAUGAAUAUUUUCCAUUUUAAGCUCUUGACAGUAUAUUUUUUCUUAAAAAUUUAAUGUUUAGAGGGAUAUGAGUUACUUGUUGGUGUUGAUAAUACAUGCAUUUAAGACACGCUUCCUAUUCUGAAACUUUUAAAUAUAGAAUGGUGUGUCAAAGACUAAGUGUUCUUUUUAGUUUUAGCACUGUUCUAUGUUUUAAAUAUCAGAAACAAUUCUAGGAAAGAAAUCUGUUAAAAGGUAGAACAGUUUUAAACGGCAUAAAUUAUAGCAGUUAUCCGAUGUUUUGUAAUUGGGUUGUUAAGAAUAAUGAUACCAAUUAAAAAAAAAUUGAUCAAUAGGCAACAUAAUUAAUUUGUUAGUCAAAGUUUGGAUUCAAAAAGAGAAUAUAAAAAAUAUCAACUAACAGUCUUGAAUGUAAUUUUAGUUCGUUUUUUUUUUAUUUGGGUACAUUUUUUUUUAUUAAUUGUUUAUUAUUGUAAAUGUCUGUGAAAGUGGGCACUGUAUUAACACCAUCUUUCAGUUCACUUGUUGAGGUAAGACAAGGGGAUGUUCUAAGUCCAAACUUACUUAAGCUUUUUAUUAACGAUCUGCCUCCAAAGUUUGAGACAAGUCCAGAUGCUGUUGAUAUCAAUGGGCGUAGAAUUGAUUGUCGUAUGUACGCUGAUGACAUUAUUAUAUUAUCAAACACUAAAAACGGUCUUCAAAACCGACUUGAUAUAUUGCAUACUUAUUGUAUUGACUGGCGUCUAGAUGUAAACUUGUCCAAAACAAAAGUUUUAUUUUUUAACAAGCCUGGACAUUUUUUGAAGGAAUCAUUUUAUUUAGAGACUAUAGAAUGUGUUAAUAAAUGUAAAUAUUUAGGGAUAGUCUUUACUUUUGGUGGUCUUUUUCAACAUGGGAAAGAAGACUUUUCAAAAAAAAUCCUUAAAGGAAAAAUUUAAAUUACAAAAAUCCAUGUCAACUUGUAAUCCAAGUAUUGAUACUGCAAUUCAUUUAUAUGAUCACACAAUAAAACCAGUUUUAUUAUAUUGUAGUGAAAUUUGGGGUUCAUUUAAAAUUAACUCUGCUGCAUGCAAGAAAAAAAGUUAUUAUCUAUUUGAAUUAAUCUACAUAAAUGAUUAUUUGGAAAUAUCACAUUUCAGAUAUUUAAAGUAUAUUCUUGGUGUAAAUAAGAAAGCCUCAAAUUUAGCAGUGUUAUCAGAGGUUAUAAGAUUUCCUCUUUAUUUUUCUGUCAUUAUAUCUAUGGUAAAAUAUGUACACAGGCUUAACAAGUUGGACAAAGGGCUACUUUAUGAUAACAUAAGCAUCAUAAAGUAGCCCUUUGUCCAACUUGUUAAGCCUAAACAUGCUGUGAUUUUGUUUUUCUUUUGGCGUGUUUCCAUCUUAAAUUGGGAUUGCACUUAGUUAUUUAAUUAAUUUAUAUUUUGUGUUAUACUUUCGAUACAUUUUUAUUCUAUCUUACAGCAUCUUACAAUUGUCUGUCGGCAUAAUGAGAUCUUUUUUUGUUCGCCAGUAUUAUUCAUACGAUUUGAAUUUAUGAUAUAUAUCUUUUUCUUUUCUUAAUAGUUUACCUACAGUCGAAAAUUUGCAAGACAUUAAGAGUCUACUUAUUUACCAGUUUUACAUUAGACUCAAUUUUAUUAUAGUUUAUCACUUAAAAGACUUGAUUGUAUUACAGUUCUUUACUUGAAUAACCGUCCCACUGUUAGUUGCAUGUUAGUUAUUCACAACUCAGAAACAGAUUCAAGAAUAUCAAAGUUCCCUUAAAUUAUUUUUUACCUGCCCCCCCCCCCCCUGAAAACCUAUCUUAAUCUGCCUCUGCUUACAUAUUUUACUCCAGUGUGAAACAUGCAACAAUACUUUACCAAAGCAAGCCAGGAAACAAUCCAUCAACAAGAAAGUAAGUUAAUCAUUUAACUUCAAAGGGGUAUGGUUUUCUUGUCAGAGCGAUGUUUUUUUUAAUGAAUCUUACCCCCAGCAUUUUUCACAAUUUGAAGUUAAACUUUCGCUCCCGUAUGUAAAUAACCAGCGCAACGACUUUCAUUAUCUUUUUUAUAUAUACAUUUGAAGACUUCAUUUGCACUGUACACACCAAUAUUCAGUGGUGGAUCCAGAACUUUACAUUAGGGGAGGGGUGACUGAGCUAAGGAAAGCCCGCUCCAGUGUUCAGCGAUUCCCUAUAUUUUUCCGACGAAAAUAACGAGUUUGCUUGAUAUUGACAAAUCAAAAACUCAAGUCACACGGUAAUGUUUUUGGAGGCUUAAACCUUUGACAUAUUGUGUACGUUGAAAAAUGAAUAUAUUGAAGACAUUUUUGGUUGUUAACAUUUACGGUUAACUGGCAU